AUGUUCAUCCUCUCCGAGAUGCAGGACAUUGUCGCCGUCGUGCCGCAUCACUUCAAGAAUCAACUAAAAGAGACUCUACAUAACAGCCUAAAUUGGCGGUUCGCCAAUAAGGUGAUCGUCGACCUGGGCCUGUGCGUGUGUUUGUACGACAUUCUGCACGUCGGCGACAUGUUCAUUUUGGCGUGUGAUGGGCGAGGGCAUGUGCCAGUCCGGUUUCGCUUCAUCAUCUUCCGGCCGUUUGUCGACGAAAUCCUGGAGGCGAAGAUUGUCAGCAGCACCGAGGCCGGCAUCACACUCUCGGUCGGUUUUUUCGAGGACAUCUUCAUCCCGAUGCACAAACUACCGUGUCCGAAUGGCUUUGAGAAGACCGAGCAGACAUGGUAUUGGGCCUACGGGCAAGAAGAGGGCGAGCCGCCCACAAAGCUGAUGAUGGAGGCCGGGAGCACCGUGCGAUUUCGCGUUGUGGAAAAUAUUUUCAAGGAUGUCCGGCCCGAUCCUAACGACGAGCCGAGCAAGAACGAGAAGUCCUUCCAGGUGAUUGGUCAGAUGAUGGAGAGCGGGCUCGGUUGUCUGACGUGGUGGAACAACGAGGGCGAGGAGGACGAGGAGGAGGAAGAAGAUGGUGAAGAACAGUCGGCUAACGGGGAAGAAGACGAGGAUAUGUCCGCCGAA